AUGGUGUUUCUUGAACUGGAGCAAGUAGAUGACCGGGGUUCCAUUUAUUUGCCCGACGUCCGAACUAGCCAAGUUUACCGCGAAACACAACCGCAAGGUGUGUGGCGGUACCGGUACUCGCCAGAGUUCCCCAACCUGACACCCUACGACGAUGUAGGCGCAUACCAUGGCGCGGAGCUGCCUCAGGUUUUGGGAACCUACAACGCUACAACUGCUACCGAGAACCCGAUUGUACUGAGUGCCUUCAUGCAGAAGACGUGGACUGAUUUUGCCAAGGACCCAGAAAAUGGUCCUGGCUGGCCCUCGCUCAAUGAAGACUCGAAAUUGGCCGAUUUCAGGAAUGAUGAGAAUCCUCAAAGCAUUACUUUGAUCGAAGCAAAAGACGCGGAUAAGAAUUGUGGCAUCUGGUUCCGAGAAUCAGAAACCUAUGACCUUGCCUGGUGA